UGCAGCUGUGUUUGUCUUGUUUAUCUGUCUCUGGGAUAUUGGUGCAGCGAGCCGGUUUAAACAUGCAGAACCUGUAGUUUUGAAGAAGGGCAGAAAAGCCAACUCAUGACUCAAAUCAGCAAAUUACCGCACACCAACGCACAGGCCGUGACGCGUUCCGUGUUUCUAUUAAUCUGUCUCAGACCAUCAUCAGCCGCCCUCCUCUCCUCCUAUCUCUCUGGGCAACCGUGCGUCCCGCCGCUCGUCUCACUCGUCGCGGAGAUUCCGGUGCCAAGGCUCAUCGUCGCGCACGCCAGGCGCGCGGUGCCUUUUUUUUUCUCCCCAUACACUCAGCGUCGCUCCGGGCUCUUUACCGGCUCCAGCCGCCCAGAUCGGGGCUAUCUCUUGAAGAUAAACGUAGAGGGAAAAUGACCUGACAGGUGUAGCGCAAGCGGCAGCUCCGACAGAAGCUGCUGGACGCCCGACACCGUGCGCAACAGUGCGGGGAGCAGGUGGAUGGAGAGGCUGGCGGGAUGCGGCUUUCCAGCGGGUCGGAGCCGCUCCGGAGCGGCGGCACACGGGGUGCUCCACCGCGGGACAACUUGGACGCGACGCAGUGAGGAUGGAGCUCUCUGGUUUUAAACAUUUAUAAAUAUCGACUUUGCUCUCUUUUACUUCCUACUGACCGCUGGAAUGUGAUCACCGUGGCUCCUUGAACAUAAAAGCCCCCAGUCAUCCUAGUCCCCAGAUCCCCCAACCCUUAGACUACAAAGUUCCUACUUGCCUGCACCCUAGAGUCUUAUCUUUAUCCCAGUUUAAAACAUCACUGAAUCCUUUUAACCUUAUCUCUUUAUUCUUGUUCAGUACAAUUAGUGCUUUGAGGCACUUAAGUAAGACCCAUUACUAUACUCCUUUUAUGAUUACAUCGUUCAUGCUAUUUUUAUAUCAAAGCCCAUAAGAGCUUCUGAUCAACGAAAAGUCUUUAAGUCAUGGCCUUGGAUCUGUGGCCCUUUAUCCCAGCGUCCCCCAACAUCACCAUCCCCGAGCCCCUCCUGUACGACGCCUACGGCCAGGAGAACGACUCGGACCUGAACGGCAACUUCUCAGACCACAGAGAGCUUCACCAGGACAAGACCAGCUCGGUCGUCCUCACCUUCAUCAACUUCAUGGUGUGCGCUGUGGGAUUAUGUGGCAACACCCUGGUGAUCUACGUAAUCCUGCGUUACGCCAAAAUGAAGACGGUGACCAACAUCUACAUCCUGAACCUGGCAGUGGCAGAUGUUCUGUGCAUGAUGAGUCUGCCAUUCAUCGCCCUGCAGCUGGCGUUGGUCCGCUGGCCCUUCGGAGAGGCUCUGUGCAGAGUGAUCAUGACCGUAGAUUCUCUCAAUCAGUUCACCAGCAUCUUCUGCCUCAUGGUGAUGAGCAUCGAUCGCUACCUGGCCGUGGUCCACCCCAUCAGGUCCACAAAGUGGCGGAAGCCCCGUAUCGCCAAACUAAUCAACGUCACAGUAUGGGGCGUGUCACUGAUAGUCAACCUACCCACGAUGAUCUUCAGUGGCCUGAACAAGGUGCCGGUGUGUGGCAUAGUGUGGCCCGAGCCCCAAGACCUCUACUACAAGAUCUUCAUUUUCUACACCUUCUCCAUUGGAUUUUUCAUGCCACUGACAGUGAUAUGUCUGUGCUACCUGCUCAUCAUAAUCAAGGUGAAGUCAUCUGGAAUACGGGUGUGUUCCUCCAAGCGGAAGCGUUCGGAGCGCAAGGUGACGCGGAUGGUGUCCAUCGUGGUGGCCGUGUUCGUCCUCUGCUGGCUGCCGUUCUACGUCUUCAACGUCACCUCCGUCACCGGCUCCAUAAUGCCCACCUCCGCCGUGAAGACGUCGUUCGACUUCGUGGUGGCGCUCGCUUACGCCAACAGCUGCGCCAACCCCAUCCUGUACGCCUUCCUGUCGGACAACUUCAAGAAGAGCUUUCAGAACGUUCUGUGUCUGAAAAAGGUGGCGGGCCUGGACGAGAUAGAGCGCAGCGACAGCCGGGCGGACAGGAGCCGGAUGGUUAACGAAGCCAUGCUCAUCAACGCCAACCUGGAGACUCAUAAUUCUGCCCUGCUCAAUGGCGAGCUGCAGACGAGCAUCUGAGGCGUGAAGGAGCAGCACUAAGAUCGGCAACAUCCGAGGAGGGGAGAGAGUAACGGGGGGGCCGGUGCACUGCUAGUAAUGGACACUGACACAUGAGCAAAGUCUGACAGAAAUAAACAGUCUCUGAGGGGGGUUGUAGAGUUCACGGAAAGUGCAUUGACCCCUGGUAAAAACUCCUGGCGCUUCAGUAAAUGAGGCGACUGCAGCUUCUCAACCCUAAAAUGGAGCAAAAAGUUUCAGAGAUUUGUUUCAGUUGAA